AUGGUAUACGGGCGCACGCUUAUCAGGAAACAGAGAUUUGGCUGUCGCCUUACUGCUGACGAGCUUGCUGUUGUGCGUUCAUUUCGUGAGAAAGAGAGAGAACGGAUGCGAAGACGCCGAGAACGCAGACUCACUUCUCCGACCGACUAUUUUUCGUAUGAUCACUCGCCUGCUGACACCAGUCCGCUGUCGUCGACCCCAUCUGCGUCCGAUUCUAUAUGCCCCUGUCCCGAGCCUGCAGUCUCGGGUUUCCAGUCGGAUUCUGAGUCGGAUUUACAAGAUCAAGAUCCGUCUGAAGACCAUGCUACGUAUCCUCAGUCAACAUUUACCGAUCCAGAUUUCACUUUGCAGGAACAAACUUUUCCGGAGUGCGCUGCUUUAGAUGUUAAUAUCGAUGUCAACUACGUUCAUCAUCAUGAGUCUCCAGGUAGUCCUGGAUCAUCUACUGCAGCAUUUCUAACCCGAAAUCUGGCAGACGGAUCAGGAUCCACCCGCACUGUUGAGCUGGCCCAAGAAUGUCACAAUAAGUCACUAUUCUGCUUGUGUACGUAUCAGGCUAUCACCAGGACACCUAUGAUAGAUCUCAAUGCACCGUCCAACAAAGAGGGCACCGAGGUCUGUCUUUGCGCUUAUUGGCAUCCUUGGGAUAUGAAAUGUGACGAGCCUCUUGCGUCAGGUCUGAGGUUGCCAGCUCUUGAUACCGAAGUCAAUAGUGCAUCGUCAUUCGCCAAUUCUGUGGUGUCGUCACUAGCCUCGUACUCAGUUGAGACUUCAGACUUGGAGCCUUCAGUAUUCAGAAGGACACUAAUAGCUGAUCAGGAGUUUCUUCUUUCUGUCUCCGCAUAUCCUGAGUUGGCUGAAAGCAAAAGUCCAGCGACCCAGGACUUUGCAGACGCGAAUCCGCGCACUCUUCCAGAUGAUGAUGAUGAUCUGGCUGAGGCAAAGGAGAACUUACGGUCAAUACUAAUGACUCUAAAUUCCGAGAGGCCUUCUGCCGCUGCAGAUCUGAGGAGUUGGAUAAUGGAAUUGCUGGAUUCUGGUACGGGUGUGUCCAUGGAUAAGAAGGAUUCUGGGUAA